AUGUCCUUCACUAUCAUGAUUCGUGCGGGGCCCGCGCGCUUCGCUUCUAGAUUACCAGAGCUCACGAAAAGCUCUUUCCGAUCCGCAGCUCCCAUCCGAGCAUUCCAUCAAUCCGCAAGACCAUCCAACUUCUUCACAUCGCGAACGACUGUCGCAUCCACGCUGUUGCGAUCCACACCGAAAAAUGCAUUUGCGCAAUCCUCGAAAAGAUACAUGCAGCAGAGUGCUGCUCCAGCGGUCGACUCGGGUUCGACGAUGCGUCGAUUGUUAACGGGUGGCGCAAUCUUCGGUGGCACUCUCAUCGCCAUCAACGCUGUCUUCAACCGUGAGACUCGAGAGGACGGCGGAAUGCCUGCGUUUGAACGAGCCUACCUAAACUCGACCUUCCUUCACACCGGCCUCGGUAUCGGUAUAAUCGGCCUUACUGCGCGACAGAUGAUUCAGACUGGAUUUGUCUACAGAUUGAUGGUGACAAAUCCUUGGGUUGUGGCAAUCGGUGGUUUGGCUCUUAGCUUCGGUACCAUGCUCGGAACUCGAGCCGUUGACCCUGACAACUACGUCCCCAAAUACGCACUAUGGACUGCGUUCAACGCUACCCAGGCUGCUUUCGUCGCCCCUCUUCUCGCUUUUGCGCCUGGUGCCCUAAUUGCUCGUGCCGGUCUUUACACCGUCGCCAUGAUGGGAUCUAUUUCUUUCGUCGGCGCUACCGCUAAGCAGGAGAAGUACAUGUACAUUGGUGGUCCUCUACUUGCUGGUGCCGCCAUCGUUGCCGUCUCGGGUCUCGCACCUCUGGUCAUCCCAGCAACCGCCGCCCGAACAUUGGCAUUCACGGAGAACAUCUGGCUGUAUGGUGGUCUAGCGGUCUUCGGUGGCUUUACGCUGUACGAUGUUCAGAAGAUCCUGUACCAUUCCCGCCUGGCCGAGCAGGGCAUCAUCAAAAAGGACCCGGUUAACGAGAGUAUCUCCUUGGAGUUGGACUUCUUAAACAUCUUCAUCAGAAUGGUUCAGAUCUUGAUGAUGCAACAGAACCGCAGGAAGUAA